GUGUCACUUCCGGCCUUCCUCUAGCUGCCAUCUUGCGUCUCCGCGUGUGUGCGCUUAAACUCAGCUGGUCUACCCGAGACCCCCUGAGCACCAACCCUAGUCCCCCGCGCGGCCCCCUUUACGCUCCGACAAGAUGAAAGAAACUAUCAUGAACCAAGAGAAACUCGCCAAACUGCAGGCACAAGUGCGCAUUGGUGGGAAAGUGAAUAUGUUUACAAACCAAGGAACAGUGAUCCACUUUAACAACCCUAAAGUUCAGGCAUCUCUGGCAGCAAACACUUUCACCAUUACAGGCCAUGCUGAGACAAAGCAGCUGACAGAAAUGCUACCCAGCAUCUUAAACCAGCUCGGUGCAGACAGUCUGACUAGCUUGAGGAGGCUGGCUGAAGCUCUGCCUAAACAAUCUGUGGAUGGAAAAGCACCACUUGCUACUGGAGAGGAUGAUGAUGAUGAAGUUCCAGAUCUUGUGGAGAAUUUUGAUGAGGCUUCCAAGAAUGAGGCAAACUGAAUUGAGUCAACUUCUGAAGAUGAAACUUGAAGAAGUUCCUGGGAGCUGCUAUUUUAUAUUAUGACUGCUUUUUAAAAUUGUUUUUGUUUAUGGAUCUAAUAAAAUCUAGAUCUCUGAUAUUUUUAAGCCCAAGCCCCUUGGACAUUGCAGCUCUUUUCAGUUUUUGCUUAUACAUAAUUCAUUCUUUGCAGCUAAUUAAGCUGAAGAAGCCUGGGAAUAAAGUUUGAAAGAAAGGUUAAUAAAGUUCUUUGCCUAGUA